CCCCGGCAAACCCGCGGCCCAACCCAGCUAAUCCUACGACACGUGUCGGCAUCCGGAGGCUCCGGUGGCCCCAUCCAAUCACGUUCGCAUGCGCCCCUCCCCCCACCGAGUUAAAGAACACGACGAUGCCGAAGAAGAGAGGGCGCGCUCUCUCCCUCGGACGCUGCUACAUAAACACCCACCCCGUUAGCGCACUUCUCUCUCUUCUUUCUAUCUUAUUAAACUGAGCUAAGCUUCUUCGAAAGCCUUGAUUGAGGAAUUGGAGGGGGGCGAUUAGGGCUUGCUGAAGAGGGCUGGAGAGUUCCUACUCGUCGGCGGCGGCGGCGGAGGAGGAGGAGGAGGAGGAGGAGGAGGGAUGGUGUCGGUGGCGGAGAGGAGGGAUGAGUACGCCCUUGGCUUCGAGGCGACGGAGCUCCGCCUCGGGCUCCCCGGCGGCGGCGGCGGCGGCGGAGACGGUGAGGUGGCGAAGAGCUCCGGGAAGCGAGGGUUUGGCGAGACGAUCGAUCUGAAGCUGAAGCUCCCCACGAUCGGCCUCGACACCGGCGGCGGCGGCGGCGGCGCGGAGGCGGAGAAGGCCUUGAAGAGAUCGCCGAGCUCGAAGAGCCUCCUCGCCUCCGCAGAUGACCACGAGAAGCCCCCCGCGCCCAAAGCGCAGGUGGUGGGGUGGCCACCCGUGCGAUCGUUCAGGAAGAACAUCAUGUCCGUACAACAAGCGGACAAGAGCAAGAAGGAGGAGGGGGAGAAUUCGGCGGCCAACUACGGUGCCGCCGCUGCCGCUGCAUUGGUGAAGGUGAGCAUGGACGGCGCGCCGUACCUCCGCAAGGUGGAUCUGAACAUGUACAAGAGCUACCAGGAGCUCUCCGCUGCGUUAGAGAAGAUGUUCAGCUCCUUCACCAGUGGCAACUGUAGCUCCCAAGGAAUUAAUGGGAGAGACUUCAUGAAUGAGAACAAGCUGAUGGAUCUUCUGAAUGGUUCUGAGUAUGUUCCUACCUAUGAAGAUAAAGAUGGUGACUGGAUGCUUGUCGGAGAUGUCCCGUGGGAGAUGUUUGUUGAUUCGUGCAAACGCUUGCGCAUAAUGAAAGGAUCGGAAGCCAUUGGACUUGCACCAAGAGCUAUGGAGAAAUGCAAGAACCGAAGCUGAAGCACCAAGAAAGUAACAAUCAUCAAUCUACACGUUAAAGCUGUGAACAUGCAAUGCCUAAUGGUGCCUCUCUCAGAUGGUCUUAGAUUUAUAUUUAUAUAUAUUUCUACAACUAGUAAUUGAAAAAAAAAAAUUGUGAUAUUUUUUGUUCGUGAACUAGAAGCAAUAAUAAUGUCUAUGUCUAGCUAGCAAGCUUGUUUAAUGUUUACUGGCGUUGCGUAUGCGAUGAUGUUUCCUGCUGUGCCUGCUAUUGUAUCUCCGGGACGAUCUUAUUCCGUUGCUUUUUAAUUCAUGUGGUACUUUAUUAUUAUGGGAAUCUUCGUACUUAAUCCUC